CCCACGACAGAGCAGCAAAACAACGCAAGGCACAUCAUGAGCAUGGAGGUGGUGGUAGAAGGCGAAAUCAUUUCGCCUGAAGAUUUUAAGGCUGAUGCUGGAUGGAUGGAAAGCCACCGUCAAAGAAGAGCCAAGAUUCUGGAGGACCUCAACGUCGAGGCUAGAAAAGACAACAAGAACAGGAACCAGGACGCAGAACAGAGGGAAGCCGCACGCGGUCGGCCACGCCAUCGCAAGCAACCACAAGCACCGCGGCUGCCAGAAUUACCAAAAGACGACAUCAAAAUUAUUUUACGACCCAAGGAAGGACUGAACGUCUCCAAAACAAGUCACGUAUCUCUAAGGGACAGCAUCCUGAACGCAGCCGGGAUCCACGUCAACGACGCCAUCAUAGACACGCUACGCACCAACAACUUCAAGAACAUAAUAAUUAUCAGCACGCCAGACAUGGCACGCGCUAAAAGAUACAACGGCAUAAAAGCAAUCGUCAUCCAAGGAAAGAGGUACGAAAUAAUGGCAUACGCAACGUCACCUGAAGACACUGCGAAAGGAGUGAUACAUAACAUCCCAGAAGCAGAAAGCGAAGAAGACAUCACCAAGAGCCUGGUAAAUAUACGGAACCCGACAAUAUUGCAAGCACGAAGAAUGGGCAAGACCACAUCCGUAGUAAUAGUCUUCAAAGAUGAAGAAGUCCCGUACUUCGUCUAUUACAGGGGUACCGAAUACAGGUGCUACCUGCACAAAAAGAAAAACGAGAUCUGCGGAGCAUGUGGCAGACUAGGUCACAGAUCUGACGUCUGCCCGGCGCCGGAAAACAAAAUAUGCACGGACUGCGGAUACAAGAAUCCGCCGGAGAGCCAUAGCUGUGACCCCAAGUGCGCCCUAUGUAGUAAGGACCACCGUACAGGAGACAAGGGAUGCAGCCAGCGCUACCAGGUCCCAUUUCUCUUGAAGAAACGGCAACUCGAGAAGAAGAAAGCACAAGAACGCCUCGCCGAGGGAAAAUUCAACAAUCCAGGCAUAUUAAAGACAGUAAGGGAACGAUCGGAAUCCUUCCCCCGCCUACCCAUUUCGGACAGCGCGCAAAAAGCACAAAACGACAGCAACAAGAAAACGACCUCCGACCUCAAAGGGCCGAGCUGCGACGGAACCCCUGCCAGCACACGGGCGUCGAGAUCACCGUGGAGACAGCAGUCCAGGUCCAGAUCCGGGUCAAGAUCCAGGUCAAGAUCCAGGUCCAAGUCCCAAUCAAGGAACGGGACAACCGAGGCGCCUCAUGGAGAAGACCAACCAAAUAAGGUGAGCUGGGCAAACACGGUCUCCCAGAGCUCCACACAGCAUACGCAAAACGAUGCACUAGCCGAGGUACAAGCAGAAUUGGGCAAACUUAAAAAGCUUUUACAUCUUUCGUUAGAAGAAAACAAAUUACUUAAGGAAGAGAUCACCAAGCUUAGAAACAAGAAGCAGAUAGAUGACAACAAUAAGAUGGAUACCACACAGAUUCAAGAAAGUCAAGAGAAGAGGCCUGUAGCUAACGCUAACCAAGAUUCCGCAUCCCCUCCCAUGAAAAGGAGGGCUACUGCCGAAAUAACACAGAAAGAACAAGUAGUAGCCAAGCCGCCACAACCACAGUACAUAGACGAAAAGUUUCUUAAUGAAAAGUUACAAUUGCUUAGUGAGGAGACGGAUCGCAAACUAGAAAUUCUUAGUAGCUCCAUUAGUGAAGGGAUAAAUGCAAGCAUAGAAAGAAUGAUGGCCAAAUACAUGGGAAAUAUUAAUGCCAGACUUGCUGUAUUAGAAAAUGCUACGCAUACGGAAGGCAUGGGGGGACAAGUCGGUCCCAUUAAGACCCAAAAACCGUACUCUAGGCCAACCGCAGCUGACGUAAACAGGGCUACAAAGGAUAGCCAAUAAC